UGCACAUUCGCUCUCACUCGCCAACUUACACUUCGUUCAACAGCACCCACCUACCAGAACCUACCCGGUUUCUUCUCUCGGCUCAACUGGAACUGCAUUCAGCUCUCCAACUCGUGAUCAUCCACUCAUUCUCUCUCUCUCUCAUUCUCGCUAAGGCCAAAGAUCUCUCUCUGUCAGAACUUGUACUAUAGUUAGUUAGGGCUUCGCAUAGAUAUACACUUUGCAUUGUACCCACUCAUUCCCCUGUCGUCUUUAGGAGAAUUUUUUCUAUUCCCAGUUAUCCAGCUAUUAAUAAUUAGAAAAAAAGAAGGAGCCGGACUUUCCCCAGGCUCAAAUAGACUUGACUAAAACUAGACCUUAUACAUUCUGCUUAAUGUGUUCACAUGAGCUUUUCUCGGCACGGCCGAGUUGAACUGAGUUUGAUAACGACCGUGAAAGUACAGUAAAAUAUUAGGGAUGGCUGCAGCUCCUCCACUGUAAAAAAUUACCCCGUCGUGUGUUCGCAAAGGAAUUCUAUCUAAUCUGGAUUCAAAGAUGGAUUACCGAAAUAGUUGGAACCUCUGGGUCCAUCCUGUGUGGAAUGCAUUUAUGAGCAAUCCCGCAUACUACUACUAUUGCACGGCGAAAGCCGCUUUGCUGAACCAGCCUGCAAUGGUGCGAAAAAGCGGAAAUGGAAGUGCAGCAUUGUCUCGGCAGGCUCAUCCUCAGUCGUCCCAAAACCCCAGCAACGCAAUUGUUCCCGUCGGAAUUGUCGGUAUAGGAGGAAACGGAAUAAACAGUGUUUUAAAACUCUUUGGUGUAGAAGAAUGCCCUGAAUGCAAAAGUCCUCUAGAUCUCACUGACAAUCGACCUUUGAGAGAAUUUUGUGGGCAUAUUCGAUGUCGUCGAUGCUUGAUCAAAGCAACACCUUGCUCUCAAUGUACGAAGGCUCAACCCACACCCUCUUCAGCCAGUUCGGCCCGCAAGGUUAUCACCUCUAACUCUUCAGUAGCAACGCUUCCAGCUCAACAUAAAAUUGACUCUACCCCACCCGUUCGCACCUACCCCGCAAAUUUGAGAGUGUAUGGAACACCAAGAAGCAGUACCAAGGCAAAUGAAGGGAACGCUCCCAGUACCAGAUACCAAACAAAUGGUCCUGAAAGGAAUGGUUAUGGUAGCAGCAACAUUAACCAAGGUUCUGAAUUGCUUGGCAAAAAGCAACUACAGCAUCGUUCCCCUGUUGAUAUCGGUCUACGCACACUGCCUUCAGCGUCUGCAACAAUUGCGACCCGUACCACCCUUUCUCUUGAGACUGCUGCUACGGCGAAAGUAUCAAAAAGUCCUCCAAAUGGAGUUAUCUCCUCUUCUAACAUUAAUCCAGUCUCUGCAAAAUCGGGUGGAAAAUACCCAGUCUCUGAUGUUGCCGUGUCCUCUAUGUCUUCUAUGCCCUCAACAUCUACGGCAAUCAAGUCCAGCUGUACACUUGUUCCCGUCAGUCCCGUGAAAGCGGCGAGAAGCUCUCCCAGUAAAGAAGAUCUUUCCGAUGAACUUUCCGAAGCCCCAAGGAGCUCAAAUCAUCAUCAUGAGAGCUCAGGAAGUGAUGAACCUUCAUUACCGGACCCCAAUAAGGAAAAAAAGAAAAAGAAGAGAAAUCCAGUCGUGAUUCACGAUCAUAUAACUGUGAUAUCUGGUGAACCCACCAUGUUCCAAUGCAACGUGUGCAUGAAAAAAUUUAAAACCAAAGCUCACAUUAAGUACCACGAAUUUUGUCAAAACGGUGAGAAGCCUUUUAAGUGUGAGCAGUGUGGACAAGGGUUUAUUGCCAAAUCUCACUACGAGUAUCACUUGAGAACCCAUACAGGCGAGAGGCCGUAUGUCUGCCCCAAAUGUGGCAAGGGUUUUAAUCAGAGGGGAAAAGUUACUCGUCAUAUGCGCAGUCAUACUGGGGAAAAACCUUUCGUCUGCGAUGAAUGUGGACGUGGAUUCGCCAACGCCCAAGCCCUGAGAUCCCACCAUUUGAUCCACACCGGUGAAAGGCCCUUUGCAUGCAAAUAUUGCAACAAGCGAUUCACUGGAAUGACCAACUUAAAGAAACAUAUAAUUACUCACACAGGGGAGCGUCCCUAUGUGUGCACUCACUGUGGAAAAAGCUUUGGACUAAAGUGGACGCUGGAUCUUCACUUGAGAACACAUUCCAGUGAACGACCCUAUGCAUGCGAUCAAUGUACACGAGCUUUCUCCAACAGCAAGGAUCUCAGAAGACAUCUUGUCAUUCAUUCGGGCGAACGUCCGUUCAAAUGUUGGAUUUGUGGAACGGCAUUUCGGCGUAAGGACAAUCUUGACCGUCACAUAAAGAAUACCCACAACCAACCAAAAGAAGUGGCAAAACAGUUGGCGAACGAAGCCGCUGCAGAGUACCUUGCUAUAAACGCUAACUCGCCAGUUCCUGCUUCAAAAGUCAACUCAGCAGUAAUCUCGAAUGUUAUUCGGACGGCACAGUUAAAUGGUCCACAUGCACAAACCAUAAAAUCUGAACAAGACCCCAUGAAACCAUCGUCCUCGAAGAAAAGAAAACCAAUAAAUAAGGCUGCCAAGAAAGCCAAGCCAGCAAUAACAAUGGAUGUCAUCCCUGAAGAGACCCCCACGAUAAAAGUGCAAGAAGUCAUUAUUACGGCCAACCUUUCGCCUCGUGACGAUAACGUGGAAAUGGCUGAGCAAGAUUUUAGCAGCAACCAUGCCGAUGAUUAUUUCACAUCUAGUUCCCCAACUACGUCUUCCCCUCCGGUCUUGCAGGAAGAUCUUGGUGCAGAAAAUGCACAGGCUACGAUUAAGCUUUCUCCUCGAGACAAUGAAGAAGAAAAAGUAGAAUCAGAAAGUUUCGAAAACUAUAUUCUGCCCGAUACGGAGGACUCAUUUAUGGGAUUUACUUCAAGAUCAGCAAGAGAGGACAAAUUACAUCCAGAUCACCAGAGUCCUCACGGAUCCUUUAUGGAGUUUGCCUCGCAGUCCGAAUCUGAGCAAGAAUUAAACGCAGAAAUCCCUCGUACCCCUGACGGAUUGUUUUCAAAAUCGAGAAAUUUGACUCCAAGUGAUUGCGGAGUUCGACUUUUUGACAAGCCGGGCACCGUCACUCACGAUCCUCAAAUUGAAUUGACGUCUAUCAUCUCGCACGCUGGUGGUACUGAAGAUGCAGUCGAUGCAGACGAAGUCUUUGUGGAUGAGAAAGAAACUCAAACCGUGUUUGAAGAGUUAAACGGGCCGGAAGAUUUUAAUCACGACUGCAAAAUUCUUGUCGGUCGGGCUCGGUCUAUUUUUCCAGAAGGUAUGGAUGACGAUAUGGAGAGACACGAUGAAGAGUCUGGUCACUUGCACGACAAGGAGACCAAUCCAAAAGAUGAAGAUGUUGAGAGGGAAAAAUACAUGUUUCUAGACGCAGGUGAUAUUGAACAAGCAGAACAGAAGUACUGUGAUUUACAAAACAAGGAAGUACAUCAGAAUGAAUCUGGCCUCAGUCAUGUUGCUGAUAAGCAGUCGUCGGGUUCUCCGAAACUUAAUGUCCAACAAACCGAAACUUUUGAAAUACUCAUAGAACCCGAAAUUUUGCAAACUCCCAAACCCUCACAACCUGGAAUUUUUCAAGCUCCACAUGCAGAAGUUUUGGAGACUCCUAAAUCUCCAAUGGCCGAAAUUUUGGAAACUCCAAAAUCUCCACUGACCGAAAUUUUGGAAACUCCCAACUCUCCGCUGGCCGAAAUUUUGGAAACUCCUAAAUCUCCACUGACCGAAGUUUUGGAGACUCCCAAAUAUCCAGUGGCUGAAAUUUUGCAAACCCCCAAAUCUCCCCUUCCUGGAGUUUUCCAACCUCCCAAUCUACAGGCUGAAAUUUUGCAAAGUCCAAAGUCUCCGGAAGCUGAAAUUUUGGAAACUCCCAACUCUCCGCUGGCCGAAAUUUUGGAUACUCCCAAAUCUACACUGACCCAAAUUUUGGAGACUCCCAAAUCUCCAGUGCUCGAAAUUUUGCAAACUCCCAACUCUCCAGUGGUCGAAAUUUUGGAAACUCCCAACUCUCCGCUGGCCGAAAUUUUGGAAACUCCCAAAUCUCCACCGACCCAAAUUUUGGAGACUCCCAAAUCUCCAGUGGUCGAAAUUUUGCAAACUCCCAACUCUCCAGUGAUCGAAAUUUUGCAAACUCCCAAUUCUCCAGUGGCCGAAAUUUUGGAAACUCCCAAAUCUCCACUUACCGAAAUUUUGGAGACUCCCAAAUCUCCAAUGGCCGAAAUUUUGGAAACUCCCAAAUCUCCACCGACCCAAAUUUUGGAGACUCCCAAAUCUCCAAUGGCCGAAAUUUUGGAAACUCCCAAAUCUCCACCUACCCAAAUUUUGGAGACUCCCAAAUCUCCAGUGGUCGAAAUUUUGCAAACUCCCAACUCUCCAGUGGUCGAAAUUUUGCAAACUCCCAACUCUCCAGUGGUCGAAAUUUUGCAAACUCCCAACUCUCCGCUGGCCGAAAUUUUGGAAACUCCCAAAUCUCCACUGACCCAAAUUUUGGAGACUCCCAAAUCUCCAGUGGUCGAAAUUUUGCAAACUCCCAACUCUCCGCUGGCCGAAAUUUUGGAAACUCCCAAAUCUCCACUGACUGAAAUUUUGGAAACUCCAAAAUCUCCAAUGGCCGAUAUUUUGGAUGCUCCUAAAUCUCCACUUACCGAAAUUUUGGCGACUCCAAAAUCCCCACUUACCGAAAUUUUGGAAACUCCCAAAUCUCCACUUACCGAAAUUUUGGAAACUCCCAAAUCUCCACUUACCGAAAUUUUGGAAACUCCCAAAUCUCCACUGAACGAAAUUUUGGAAACUCCCAAAUCUCCACUUACCGAAAUUUUGGAAACUCCCAAAUCUCCACUGAACGAAAUUUUGGAAACUCCCAAAUCUCCACUUAUCGAGAUGGUGGAAACUCCCAAAUCUCCACUGAACGAAAUUUUGGAAACUCCCAAAUCUCCACUGACCGAAAUUUUGGAAACUCCCAAAUCUCCACUGACCAAAAUUUUGGAAACUCCCAAAUCACCACUGACCGAAAUUUUGGAAACUCCCAAAUCUCCACUUACCGAAAUUUUGGAAACUCCCAAAUCUCCACUUACCGAAAUUUUGGAAACUCCCAAAUCUCCACUUACCGAAAUUUUGGAAACUCCCAAAUCUCCACUUACCGAAAUUUUGGAAACUCCCAAAUCUCCACUGAACGAAAUUUUGGAAACUCCCAAAUCUCCACUUAUCGAGAUGGUGGAAACUCCCAAGUCUCCACUGAACGAAAUUUUGGAAACUCCCAAAUUUCCACUGACCGAAAUUUUGGAAACUCCCAAAUCUCCAGUGGCUGAAAUUUUGGAGAAUCCUAAAUCUUCACUGGCCGAUAUUUUGCAAACCCCCAAAUCUCCCCUACCUGGAGUUUUCCAACCUCCCAAUUUACCUGAAAUUUUGCAAAUUCCAAAGUCUUCGGAAGCUGAAAUUUUGGUCCAUGCUGCAAAAAUCGAUAGCGAUCAAGAACUGGUGAAUCACCACCAACCUCAAGAUAAUCGUGGACCUAGAUUCUACUUUCAGGAAAAUCCUGAAGAGCCCUAUACUGGAAAUAUGUAUUACCCAUCUCAAAUGACGAUUGAGCAUCCGUACUCUCUCAACAACCACCAAGAGAAUCUUGAAAAUUUGAACCUGAUUUAUGCUACCGCGACUGCUCAAGCCGAGCGAAACGACGACGAGUCAGGUCCCCCACUUAAGAUUCGAAUUUUGCACGCCGAAGCAUUGGGAGUACAAAGUUACGGUGAGGACUUGUCUGAUCGACGAAUGUUUUACGCUGCAGCUCGCCCAAAUCAAGUUAUUCACGAUCACUCGUCACCAAACAUUGCAUUGGAACCGCCAGCUAUAAUUCAUCCCCCAGAAGGCCGAGGUUCCCCUCAAGUUACCAUUCAUCAAUACCGGUACGACCAGGGAGCUCCCCCUGUCGUCAGUAUGCCAAUGAUGACCAGCCAAUACCCAGUGGAAGUUGCUUACGAAAAUGGAAUUGUUCAUGCCCAAGCUGUUUGCGACCAUCCAGACAGGUUUUCUUUAAUUAACAGAGCCAGAGAGGUCAGCCGCGAGCUUCCAGGAGCACAAGCAGAGUACUCUUAUCAUCAUCGUGAUUGGAACAUGCCAAGAUCAUUUGUCAGACCAAUUUACGGCUCCAGUCAACAAAAUUCACAGUACCAUCCUCAACCGCUGCACUUGCAGCCUGAACAGGCCGAACCUUAUUACUACGGCAUGCACAAUGGUGGUCAGCAGCAACAGGAUUUAAUGAACCAUAGCGCUCGUAAUCAUCAUGAGAUGCAACAGCGUUCGGUUUACAAUUCAUACAAUCCACUUAGAGAAUUGGCCGCCGAAGCAGCACGACGUCUCGACGAAGAAAGUCAACACAGCUAUGACGCCACUAUUGCUGCUGCUGCUGCUAUCGCUGCUGUGGGCGAGAAGGCUCGAAAACAGCGAGAAGAAGAGCUGAGGAACCGUGAAAUGAGGCGUCAAGACGAGAGAGCUAGGAUUUGUGAAGAGGAACAACGUGAAAAUCGCAGGAGGAGUGCAGCAUCUCGAAAAACCUAUUAUUGAUAAGAUAUGGUUUAUAUACUCAGCUGAUCCGACUACUAAUAGUAGAUAGAUCAUGAUCAUGACUUGUAUAUAAGGUUUAAAAAAAUACUUCUCAUUUUAUUCUACAGAUUUAGACGCAUUUACAGAGCGGAUUGAUUGAUUGAAUGUGGUGCCUAGGUAGUAAACACGAUACGAUUGUUUGUAGAAUUUGGAUGUUCGAGUACAACAAAUUAUCAAUUAUAAUUAUACCGCAUUAUUAUUAUUAUAAUUUUAGACUAUAGUUAGCAUUUACGAUUGUUAAUAUUCCAGAGCUAAUGAAUUGAGAAGUGAUGAGGACGGAAUACCAAGGUAUUUUAGUUUCAGACACGAUGCGGCAGUAACUAUUAUUAUUAUUCAUGUUCUUAUUCCACAUAUUUAAAAAAGCUCAUUUUGUUACGUGUAGAAACGUGCAUAUUAAAAAUAUCUCAGAUACACACAGAUUUUAUAUUUACUAAAACCGAAAGAGUUAAAAAACAAGGAAAAGUGUCCAAUUUAUAUACACGGCUUUAUCUCUACAUGAUGAUGAUGAUUCUUCUGAUGACGGUAUAAUUGUGAAACCUAAAAAAAAGCAGCAAAAUGAAUAAAAAUUUAUAUAAAAUUUG